AUGCCAGCUAUCUAUGAAUGUGACUCCCAUAUGACCCAAUUCCUCACAGAAUUGCCUAAAUGUGAACAUCAUGUCCAUUUAGAAGGGACCCUUUCCCCAUCUCUCCUUUUCAAACUCAUCUCCAAACACAAUGUCGAACUUCCUUCAGACUUCCCAUCGACGCCUGAAGCCCUCGAGAUCCGUUACAAUCAAUUCACCGAUUUGGAUGACUUCCUUCACUUUUACUACAUUGGGAUGAACGUGCUCAAGGACGAAGACGAUUUCUUCCAAUUGGCUUGGGAAUACUUCCAAACUGCUGCCACCCAAGGUCUUCACCAUGCCGAAACUUUCUUUGAUCCUCAAGGUCAUUUGUGCCGUGGGAUCGAAUUUGAGACAUUUUUGAACGGGUUCACCAGAGCCGCAGCCAAGGCCAAACAGGAAUUAGGAAUCACUUCCAAGCUCAUUAUGUGCUUACUUCGUCAUUUACCAGUGCCUGAUUGUUUGGAAACCAUUGAUCUUGCUCAUAAGCAUUAUGAAUCGGGAGCGAUCCAUGGGUUGGGUCUUGAUUCCUCGGAAAAACCAUUCCCUCCACACCUCUUCGCCGAAUGUUAUGGGAAAAUCAAGGAUAAGUUCCCUCACGUUGGCUUGACGGCCCAUGCUGGUGAGGAAGGGGGUCCGGAAUUCGUCACCAACUCGUUAGAUUUGCUUAAUGUCACCCGUAUCGACCAUGGGGUCAACUCGGUCAAGGACCAAGAAUUAAUGAAACGUUUGGCUGCCAACCGUACAAUGUUGUCAGUCUGCCCAAUGUCCAACUUGAAACUUAGGGUGGUUUCUGAUCUCUCCCAAUUACCAUUGAAGGAACUCUUGGAUGCCGGGGUGCCAUUCAGUAUCAACUCCGAUGACCCAGCAUACUUCAACUCUUACAUUUUGGAGAAUUAUGUUCAAGUCCACAAACACUUUGGGUUCGAUUUGAAGACCUGGUGCCGUAUUUCUAAGUUUGGGAUCGAAGGGUCAUGGAUCGAAGAUGAUCACAAGAAACAAUUGUUACAAAAAGUCGACGACGUUUACAAGAAGUUUCUUUACAUUGAAAAUUAA